GUCUGUGCGCCGGCACUAGCACCGUCAUCCACAUUAUUGUUCUUAGGCUGAAGUACACUUACUUACGGCCAAUUUCAUUUGCCACCAAGCAUCUUCUUUUCCACCUUCAUCUUCUCUUUUGGUAGUCUGUGCGCCGGCACUAGCACCGUCAUCCACAUUAUUGUUCUUAGGCUGAAGUACACUUACUUACGGCCAAUUUCAUUUGCCACCAAGCAUCUUCUUUUCCACCUUCAUCUUCUCUUUCCAUCUCAUCAUCGCUAUCCAUUUGCAUCUUUCUUCCAAAAUGCCCAAAGACCCAUUCACGGCUAUACAAGAAUCUCUUGACGAUGCUCGACCGCAACUCACAGCCCUUAUAUCUGGUGCACUUAACGCUCAACAAACGCGUGUACUGCUCAAACUGCUAGAUGCUAUCCAAAAAGCGGUGCACAACUAUGUUAAGUCGAGGAAGAACAAGAAAAAGAAGGAUGGAGACGGUGAUUCACGCGGAGCUGAGCAGGUAAAAAUCGACUGGCUGGAUACGGAAGGUGUGCAUUUGUGGAACCUUGCAUCUCAGGUGAAUCGCGCCACACCUACAACCCCAGAACUAAGCAAGGAUGAAUUGUCUACUUUCUCGGCCUUAAGACUAACCGGCUUUCGACUUGUUGAGGCGGCUACGGACAUCAGGGGUCCAACAACAUUUGUGGUACGCUUACUUGGGCUCACUGCAAAAACGAUGACUGCUCUACUGGAGGCUGGAAAGACACCUAUGGCAAGUCAGCUAUCCCUGCAAGGAGCCGAGUACGAACAAUUGAUCACUUCCUCAACUACCAUUAAAGAAGCCUCAGAGCUCAAGCAAAAGGUCACCGUGCUCGUGUGGUAUUACAUGGCAAGGAUAGAUUUUCUGUUACGUGAAGGGAACGAUUCAUUUGCCUAUGAUCUUCUUUACAAAGCUACCCAGCUGGAUGAGACAUGGUCGAUGGCAGCGCAGGAGUGUCGCCUUCUGGCUUCAAAAUGCUGGACAGUAGGCAAUGACAUGCUUAACAAGCGCAUCAACAUUUCGGGGUCCAUCGAUUGGCUAAAGCAGGGGAUACUUCUAGUUGAAAAGUUGAUAAACCGGGGUGUUCAACUUGAUCAUCUUAAAGAACUUCAUAUUGCCAUUCUUAAAAGUUUGUCUCGAGCACAGUUGGUGAAAGCAGAGGAGGACCCUCAUGCUCUGACCUCAGCCACAGCAGCCCUCAAUGAGUUGGGCGAACUAGUUGACGAUUCUGACAAAGCAACGUUGCACGAGAUGAGGUUGCUUCAGGUGCAUAUUCUCAAAACUAGAAAAGCACCAGAAGGAGAACUCCGAAUUGUCAUGGAAGAUAUCAUGAAACUCACAGAUUGGACUGAAGACAGCGUGCUUGAAAUGCUGUCGCAACUGGCAUCUCUCAUCGGUCCGUAUCCCGCUCUUCCGUCGCAAUCAGUCCAGACAUAUCUGCGGCUGGCCCUGGCCAGCUCUUCAGGCCAUCCCUAUGUUCGCAUAAUCAUGUACGAGGGUCUUUUAUUCGUGAAAGCCUUGUCUCCUCCGGCAGCUGGCGUGAGCGUUGCUGCUGGAAUACUAGAUAUGAUUUCGAAAGACCCUGACUAUCAACUUGAUGAUAAAGUUAGCGCAAUAGCCUGUCAAACGCUUCUAUGGAAUAUUGGUGUGUUCAAUGAAAGCAAGGAAAGAAUCACUGAAGCAGCUCACUGGUAUCAGUUGGCCGCUCAUGCUGUAUUCAAAGAGCUUGGCGGAGAAAACAUAUCCAGAUGCUACCGAAAAGCCGCUCUAUGCCAUAUAAAAAUGGCCGAUUGGGCUGCAGCCGUAAAUCUGAUUUCACUUUGCCCCAAGGAAGAAGCUUCAACACAUUAUCUGGCUUUUCUAACGGCCAUCCGACAAGGUCGAGAGGAAGCGGCCAUCGAUGCUGUUUGUUCUAUUGUAGAGUGUACAGAUUUUGAAGUUCAACAACUUGUUUUAAUGACUUCAUUCGCGAACGAAAAGGGCGCAAAGCAUGUCCUUAUCGCUUCUAUGCGUGCCCUUCUAAACGCAUUGACAGAUUCCAGGGUGAACUCUGAUGUGCAGAUUGAAACUAUCACUGUUAUCAGGUGUCUGGUUCGUAUGACUGUCAUGGAAUUGGCUCAUGCGGAAGAUAAAGAUCGACUUAUCGAGUCGAUGAUCGAGUAUUUGCAGACAGCUAUUGAUAUACUUACUGAAGAUCCUACUAGAGGGCAAGGGCAGACAAAAGGAAUAUCAUGGUUAUACAAGUGUGCAUAUAAUGUUGCAGUGCAGGGCCUCAGUACUUUAUCAUCAAAGUCUUUGGCAGAUUUAUUCGACAUAUCAGCGCAGCUCAUGUCCAUAUACGACGUUAUAGAGACAUCAGGUGCAACAGAUCCGGACCUUCACUUUAUUCGUGGCUCAGCCAUGUUUGCUUGCUUGUGUGGGAAGAUUUUCUUUUGCAGAGAUCUUUCCAAUGGACCAGACAAGGUCUUAUUACUUGACCAGCUUCUCGACUACGUCCCUCACUGCCGAGAAGCUCUUUCUUCAGUCAAAUCAACACAUCCUAGAUGGCCAGUCGUUACUCAUAUGAGACGCAUCAUCGACACAUCUGAAAUUGAACUGCAUUGCGAAUCGAAAGAAUGGACUGCCAUACCGCCAGUUUUAGAACGUAUGAAGAAAGCACACGCAAAUGGAGAGAUAAGUGAGACGAAUCAAACGUUGGAGAUGAUGGCCAACGUCUUGUUCCAAUAUGAGGGGUGUCCUAGCCACAUCACCUACCAGCUCCUCGAAUUAAUACUCGAUACAUGUCCAACGGUUUACGCCAAAGACAUUAAACGAUACUCGAGGUGGAUGAGAGCAAUACUGAGGAUUCUACUACAUCGUAACGGAGCAGAAGAGGAAGCUGAAUCUUUGAAAUAUGCGGAAAAAGCGCUUGAUGUCCUAAAGACAUCACUUGGGAAGAACGCGUAUCCGUUGGAUGAGAUCCAGUGGCUGGUCGCGACAUCCUGGAAUAAGGGUCUGGAAUGGUUCAGCUCUUCACGCGUAUCUCAAGCGAAGGCAUGGUGUGAGAUUGCAAUGACUAUAGCGACAGGAACGCCUGAGCUAAAUAUCGAUCGUCAAAAGAUGAACGAGCACUACGAGUGGGCUCUUUAAAAAGCUAACUAAUACAAAAUCACUGACUCCAGUUGCUAACAGACAUCUCCUGAGCAAGAUCAACUGCUAACGUAACUUCUUAUCUACUAAUAAUACAUUCCUUUCCCUGAAAUAUAUUGAAACAUUUAAGAUCCGUUUGUGUAGCAUGCAAAGCCA